AACUAAUGUACACGAAUGCAGCAAUGGUCAUUGUGUAUCGAAAGAAUACGCAUGCUCCAGUGACUUCGACGUGUGUGGUGACACCGAUUCUAAUUGUGCGGUUGAUGAAACGUCCGAUGAGGUCACGUCCGUAGCAGUAACGAUAUUCACUGUCAUUUCAGUCAUUACUUUCAUUUUGUUUACAAUAUUUGGAUUUUGUAUGGUGCAUAGGACCGGUCGAGGAGAUAGCGGAUGUGGAUGUCUCAGGGAAAUAUGCGUUUGUGUCUGUGAAAGUGCUGGACGAUGUUGUGAAGGAAUUGCGGACAUGUGUGCUAGCUGUUGCAGGUGUACACGAGAGAAAUGUAGUUCAUGUGGCGAGUCCAUAGACUCUUUUAAAACUUCAUGUGGUGAUCAUUGCGCAGAAUGUUGCCAAAGUAUAAGAAACAAAUGCUCCGGGUGUACCUUGUUUAGGGAAACGAAUAACCAUGACACCAAUAACGGCCCUACCUCUGACGCUUCUGGAUCACCUGGUGAUGCCAAUAUAGUGACGUCACAACCUACGUCAGUACAGGAGAACAAUGUAACUGCGGUACUCGCCAGCGACACUUCAUCGAGUUCCUCGGAUUCAGACUGGGAAAGUGAUGAUAAUGUCGCCUCUAACAAUCACGUGACACCAUCCCUCCUCCAAUACAGAACCUAUUUGUGGAAGAUCCGCCACCUUCCUAUGAUGAAGCUGUUGCACCUUCAUACAAGGACUACGUUGCAAACAAAGAACGAUAUGCAAAGCAUAAAAAUAAAAGAAAAAAAGUAAAGUACAUAUCUUAGACUAUCUGAAUAAUAAGUCUUAUUUUUAAACCGAUUUUCUACUCAUUAUUUUCACGCUAACUAAGUUUGAAACCUCGAACGGUCGGUCGGUGAAGCGUUCGGUUCGUUUGUUGCACCAUAAUUUUGGCGCGAUUACGCUUUAAAAGGAUUUCUUUGAAACUUCAUAAAUGUGAUCACCAGAAAGACUAGAAAAAUGCAAGGCGUGUUUUUUUCUGUGUCAGUUCGAGCAUUACGGAAUUAAUAGUCCCUUCACAGAGACAAAAUAACUUUUUAUGUCCACUGAGAAUACAUUUUUAUAUUUUUUUUUUUUAUCAUCUUUAGCAGCUCUUAUUAAGGAACUAAAAUGAACAUAAUACACAUGUUCACCAUAACGUGAUGAUAUACGUGAUUUUUUUUCUGGAUUGGUCUAAGCAAUGCAUAAUUUAGGACCCUUCUUUUUAGACCAAGUUUGUACAGUUGCAAUUAUAAAUAUACAGGAGUAUGUGGCACUACUUUUUUUCUAAUCCAGUCCAUAUCUAACUAUCAUUGAACCAAUACCUCUUUUAUAUAGGAUAGAUAUCGUAAAAUUAUGUCAGACCAUUAUAGUUUUGCUCACUGGUUUUAAGUCGGACCAAUAUCAUGUCUAGGUCCGAUAUCGAUUAGGUGUCAAACCGUCUAUCCGUAACUGGUGAUACUCUGUCUUUAACGCAGUUCACUUUUAUUGACAAAAAAUCAUCUUUGAAAUCUGCAUGUCAAACAGCUUACGUAUGUCU